AUGAGGAGCAUUCUAAAUAGCGUAUUUAUUGUGAACCAUAACGUUGGCAAGAACGCAAAGUGUAGGAGAUUCGUUUCAGCCACAGGUAGAGUGAAAAAUAUUUUCGACAGAAAAUAUGUCUUCAAGGGGAAGGACUACUUCCUCUGGAGUGAAGGGAGAAACGCACAGCAGGAGGGUGUCCAUCUCACGGGGAAAAACAGAAAAUGCUUUUCAACCUUUAUGAAGAAUGUUAUCGAGCAGGUCAAAAAAGACAUGAAGGAAAACAAGCAGUACCAGGAGGCCCUGAAGGAGCUGAAGGAAAAAACCGAAAUAGACCACAAGGCGGUGAAGCUGAAAAAAAAAAUCGAGGAAAACAUAAAUCUCCUAAAGCACAUAAAGGAAAAAAAUGAAGAAGCAGUGAAGCUUCUCUACAGUGAUGUCAGCAAUUUUAUUCGCUACUGUUUUGAGAAUUACACACUUUUUAGGCUUUCAAAAAAUGCCACUGUGAAGUUUUUUCUGAUUCUGCAAAAGUUGCUUCUGUGUACAAGCAGCAAGGUAGCAGAACUGGCGGACAAGUGGAAUGAGAAGAACAGCGCCUUGGGGCAGCUGGACAAGUGGAGGCAGGAAAUGGCCAUCAAGCGCUACAAGAGGAGUGCGCGUGGGGGAAGCGAAGGAAGCGGAGGAAUGGGAGGAAGCGACAGAAGCGGAGAAAGCAAUAUGAACAACACUUUGGACAGUGACGCCCACCCCAGUGAUGACCUCGGCAAGGGGAAAACCGGAUCCCUGCCAAACCAAUCCAAAACGGAGAGUAGUGCAAACAAAGCGAGGCAAUCUGGAAAGCACUCAGAAGAGGGGGUUGCAGAGGACAAACCCGGGACCAGCGAACUGGUACUGGCACAAGAAUCCGCAUGGGACAAAUUUGGAAGCAAACUGAAAGACAUGCCAUUUUUAAACAACUUUUUUGAAAAUCCCAUUCUGGGCAAAUUAUUUGGCGAAACCGAACUGGCAGCAGCCCUGAGGGAGAUGAAAAUGUACGACAAAAAUUUUAAGCUGUCUGAAUUGAUGUACCUCUUUGAGUUUGUUAUAUCGAAGCACAUCGUUGAGUCUUACCUAAUCGGUGAUGAAGAGACGCUGCGGCUGCAUUGUGGGCAGUCAGCUUUUAACUCCCUAAACGCAAGCAUAAAGGAGAGGAAGAAAAAAAAAGUAUACUUGGACACAAAUGUGCUGAUAUAUAAGAAUCACGAGCUAAAGGGGGCACAGAGAAUGGAGGAGAGUUCCCCCUGGUUCAUCUUCACCUUCCACACGCAGCAAAUCAACUGCUUAAAAAAUUCGAAUGAUGAAAUCAUCGAGGGGAACAUCGACGAUAUUCGCGAAGUAGUUUACACCAUCGCUCUGUCCAAGCAUCCCGAGCCGGAGAGGGAGGGCCUGCUCUACCCCUACAUCGUGCGCGAGUUUGCCAUCAUCGGGAACACUCCCUCGUGGUGA